CCUACCGCCCUGUAUCCUUUAUUCUUUCCCUGUCUAAUCAUCCUUUUGUUGAUUCUUACGUUUUCCACAUUGCCUGCUAUAUGUGCUGUGACUGAGUAAAUAAUAAUAUUAAUAAUCAAAAUAAUCUAAUGUUUGUUGGAAAGGAAAGACACCUCAAUUCCCAGAACAUAAGUGUUUGAGCUUGAGAAGUUUCAGCUGGAACUGAGAAGUGAACUGUGAACUCCCUGAUCAUUCAUUAUAUUCACUCCUGUGCUGAAAAUUUCUGUGACGUGCAUGAACAGUUUCAUUGUGCUGGCACACUAACACAGGAAUGCCAAAUAUCGGGUCAAGUUAAUAAGGUCACCAUUCUUAUGCAGGGCUUUGUAUUGUGAAGAGCAAUAUACAUGGCUCCCAGCAACAUGCAUGUUUAGUGUGGCAAACAACAUUUGCAGUAGUCAGUGACAUGCCCAAGUACCAGUACAAUGUACACGGACUACAUACACAUACAUGCACCACAGAAGCAGCAACUGCACUGACUGUCUGGAUAAUAUGGAUUCAUCUGUGAAUGGUCUGCUGUGAUGGCAGGGGUAACUAUUGAAUCUGUUCUGGAACGGAUAAGCCAAGGCCAUUUGGACUGCCCAAUCUGUUCCAACCGUUUUAAGCAACCCAAAAUUCUUGAAUGCCUUCACAGCUUCUGCACCCACUGCCUGGAGGACCUCUGCCAGGCAGGGGACCCCAACUCGCCAGCUCUUGUUUGUCCAACCUGCCGGAAGGAGACCAGAUUGUCAAAGGAUGGUGUUAGUGCUCUCAGAAACAAUUUCCCCCUAACGGCACUGGUAGAAGAGUUUAACAAACAGGAAGAGCUCCUUCGGGUUCUGAAGGCGAAGGACAAGCGUGAGCAAUGCAACUCAAAAGAGGAAGUGGUCUCCAAAUGUACCGACUGUGAUCAUUUCAUGUGUGUGAAAUGCAAGCAGACUCAUGAACAGUUAGAGAGCACACGAGGUUACAAAGUUGUAGCUACAUCCGACGUACUGACUGGGACCAGAAUAACACAAGAAACACCCAGAUCUAAUGAACAUGAUGAAACCCGAUGCGAAAAUCAUGGAGAUUUGGUCCACUUCUACUGUAACACAUGUGAUCUGCUGAUUUGUACAACCUGCACAGUACUGGACCACUGCUGUCCUGAGCACGAUUUUGUUGACAUCUCAUUAGCUGAGGAGACUUGCAAACAAGAAGUUCAGGUUUUGCUCCACGAAGUGGAACACUGCAAAAGAGAAAUUCAAGAUGCCUUGGAGCUGACAGAAAUAGCCCUAUGCAGGCUGAAAGCAACUGCAAGUCAGGCAGUAUCAGAGAUAACGGACAUGGCGAACCGCGAAGUGGACAGAGUGCGUCAGAGGGAGAUAAUGUUGAAGAAAAAGGUGGCAGAAAUUGAUCAGGAAAGAUCAGCCCAGCUUGAGAAGUCACUUGUUGGCUACUGUGGUCAGCUACAACGAGCAGACAAAACUGUGCAUAGAAUUCACGAACUACUGGAGGCUGGUAACUCUUUGAAGAUACUGUCACAGAAACAAGGCAUCUUGAGUACUUUGAAGAAUGUUGCAGGUGAACACUCUCCACCAAAACUUGAUGAACUGGUCUUUGAAACAUUUGACUUCCACGCCAAAGAGGUGCCUCAUACUUUCGGUCAAUUUGUGCUGAGUAAAUGGAAGCUCAGAGCAGAGUUUGGAGCUGAAGCAGGCAAAGUAAACUCGUUCCUCAUGGUACAAGAAAUAAACAUAUUUGCUAAUGGAGACAUUGUCACAGUGGAUGCUGAUCAAAACAAAGUGAGUGUGCACGACUCAAAUGGUCACUUUAAGUACCAUUUUGGUGGGAAGGCAGACAAGUCUGAACAGAGCUUGAAUGUUCCCAGUCGUAUCUCAGUGAGUCAUCCAGACAAUAGGCUUUUUCUUGUGGAUGGUCGUGUUGUGAAGGUGUUCAACAGUGAGCAAGCAUAUCUCUACAGUUUUACACCAUCGAUGCACAAAAUGCACUCGGAAUAUGAGGCGGGACUUUAUAAGUCUACAGAUGAUACCAGACACACAGGAGAGAGAACAGCUGAAUUAUCAAGGGAAUGCACAGAGGCACGGAGUCCGAACAGAGUUGCAAGUGCUAAUAAAGAAAUGGAAGGGGCUUCUGAAACAAGACCUGAAUUGGUGGCAGAAGUGGGAUCAGACUUGAAGACAGAAGUUGGAUGCUAUGUAGGUGAAGAUGUAGACAUGAGAUUGGAAAAUGUUCAGUCUCAAGCAACUUCAGACGUUCAACCCGAAGCACCUUCAAAAUGCAUGUACUGCUACGCCCUGUCCUGUUUGGCUAUCUCUGAAAAUAUAGUUGCAAUUGGUGAUGAGGAAAGCAAAAUGAUAUCCCUCCACAGCCUUGAUGGAUCAUUGAUUCGAACCCUGCCAGCCAAUCUCAUUGAAGACAACCUAGCAAUUAAUGACAGCAAAGAACUUGUCUUCACGAACUACCAAGAGUCCAGGCUGGAGUCCAUGGACCUUUAUGGCAACAAGGUAUUCUCUGUCACGACAACUCACAGAGGCAAGCUUGUCAAACCCACUGGGGUAUGCUGUGAGGGUCGAUGGAGCAUUUAUCUGGGGCUGGGUCGUGGCACGGGGGAAAUCCACCACUACGACAAUGAGGGCAGGAAGGUUGGCUGCAUUAUCCAGCAGCUAUGCAAUCCACUGGGCUUGGCACUAACACCUGCCAGCGAGCUUGCUGUAGCUGACAAGAACUCUAUCAAGAUCUUCCAGAAAGUCAAAUGCUACACCGAGAUCAAUCAUGUAACUUACGUGUAGAAACAAGUUUGUCUUUAACACUAGUGAUUUCCAGAUCCUUCAAAAUCCACCAGAGGCUGUUUGAUGAUUUCAUAAGGUUGAGGAAGGUAGGGCCCAACUGUUCUUUCUUAUCCUUUGCAUGGUGCUCCUUGAAAGUUGAAAUAUCAAUGGAAUACCCCACGUUUCUGAACAGUUGGGCAUUUGGGGAGAUUUUGGAGGAUUCCAAACUAAGAUUAACAUGUAACACUGCUGAUGAGUAAUGCUCAGAUAUGACAGAAGAAAAAGGAAUUAAUGAACGAGAUGAAAAUAAAAAUCUGAGUAAAAACCUGCUCACUUCUCUUGGAAUACACACAGUGUCAAGAUAUUUCAUGACUCGCAAUAUUUGAUUCUUUUGUGUGAAAAUGACACAAAAAAAGUCCCGUACCAGUAAGCACAUGUAUGGGAAAUUGAGAAGAAACAAGAAAAUGUAAUCUGUUUGAAUUAGAGUAACCAGUCAGUACCUUAACUCUGCUGCUGUCAUUCACUCUGCCAUAGAUCCACGGAUCUUUAAUUCUUAAUAAGUCAAGGGACCAAUUUCAACCAUUACUGUACGUGUUGCUCAAACUGCACAGGAACCUUCUGUGUUAAGCGUACUGGAGCUUUAAAGGGUAGAAAGGAAGUUUGGCUCAUAUCUUCUGCUUAACUCACACAGGCCAUGUUAUAAAAAGAGGGACCAUUUAAGGGUAACUAAAAUCAGUUUUCACUCAAGUCGGAAUGAAUCAGGAAUGGGUUGAAUCACAUUUUAGUCUGACUGCUUACAACUGACCACGCCCAGACAAAAAAGGCAAGAUACACAUACAUACACGUAGUGGCCAAUUUCUGAUACAAAACAAGCCACUAGGCCACAAAAACUGACUCAACAUCCUUGAUAUUUCCAAAUGGCAUAUUUUCAGUACUCUGGUUGCUGCAACAAAGAUAUUUGCAACAACAGGCCGAGUCCAUUGGCUGUUACAGCCAUAGGCUGGGCAGUUCAAACUCGUUCUGUGUCCUUCCUCCAUGGUUUAUAGUGUUACAACUAAAACCACUAAAUUCAUACCCUUAAUAAAGUGACUUUUAAUCAAGCCUACGCCAUUGCUCUGUGGAGCUGGGUCACAAACAAAAUGAGUCUGCUUUUUGCAAAUAGAGCAAGGUAAAAUACCAACAUUUUGUACAGGUACACUUGUAGAAUGAAAAAUAAAUGCAUGCACCUGUUGUUCAUGGCAUGUUUGUCACUCAUUAGUCAUUUG